AUGGCAACCGCCAAAGGCGAUGUCGACCAUCUUCCCAUAUACGACCUGGACCCCAAGCUGGACAAAUUCAAGGACCAUUUCAGCUACCGGAUAAAAAGAUUCCUGGACCAGAAAGGCUCCAUUGAGGAAAAUGAGGGAAGUCUUGAAGAAUUUUCUAAAGUUUAUGCUUCAUACAUUCAAAUGCUAAUAUUUAUAGCUCCUGCCUAUGCCGCAAAAUAUCACCUUAUCAGCAUCAUCAAAAUCAUUGUGGAUUUUAUAUGUUUUUCAGGUUAUUUCAAAUUUGGGAUCAAUGCAAAUGAGGAUGGAUUGUAUAUCAUGAAUGGGCACCUGCUGCGCAAGGCAGAGCUUAUUGGUGACCUCAAUGACUGGAAUGGUGUGAGCCACAAGAUGGAGAAGGAUAAAUUUGGUGUUUGGGAAUUUGCAGACAAUGUGCUGCCACACAUACGAGAAAAUGACUACAACAAAGUUCAGUUGAUGGUAGUUAUGGAACAUUCUUAUUAUGCUUCUUUUGGGUACCAUGUGACAAGUCAGUUUGCUGUUAGCAGUAGACCGGGCACACCAGAGGACCUCAAAUAUCUUAUUGAUAAGGCACAAAGUUUGGGUUUUCGGCUGUUCAACUAUGCUAACCGGGAGGUAUUGAGGUUUCUUCUUUCUAACCUGAGGCUGGAUGAAUUCAUGUUUGAUGGCUUCCAAUUUGAUGGAGUUAAAUCAAUGUUGUAUCAUCGCCAUGGUAUCAAUGUAGGGUUUACAGGAAAUUACCAGGAGUAUUUCAAUUUGGACACAGAUGUGGAUGCAGUUGUUUACAUGAUGCUCGCAAUCCAUCUAACGCACAAACUUUUGCCAGAAGCAACUGUUGUUGCUGAAGAUGUUUCGGGCAUGCCAGCCCUUUUUUGGCCAGUUGAUGAAAGCGGAGUUGGGUUUGAAUAUCGUCUGGCAAUGGCUAUCCUUGAUAGAUGGAUUGACUACCUAAUAUAA